AUGGCUCAAACAGACUACAAAUUCGAAGGCUGGAUGGGUCUUGACCCCAGUGCCGGCGAGGGCAACAUGGUUUGGCAAGAAUUCCAGCCGAAAGAGUGGGAGGAGACCGAUGUUGAUAUCAAAGUAUCUCACUGCGGCAUCUGUGGUUCCGAUUUACACACUCUCCGGAGUGGCUGGAGACCCACCGCCUACCCCUGCUGCGUAGGCCAUGAGAUUGUUGGCACAGCCGUGCGCGUGGGCAGCAAGGUCUCCGACAUCCAGAUCGGCGACCGCGUCGGAGUCGGCGCCCAGAGCGAGUCCUGUCUCGGCCGCCUAGGCGACUGCGAGGAGUGCGCCUCCGGUAUGGAGAACUACUGCACCAAGAAGGUCGUCGGCACGUACAACAGCAUCCACUACGAUGGCAGCAAGUCGUACGGCGGGUAUGCGCGGUACAACCGGGUGCCCGGCCACUUUGCCAUCAAGAUCCCCGAUGCUAUCCCGUCGGCUGAUGCUGCGCCUAUGCUGUGCGGCGGCGCUACCCUCUACAGCCCGCUCAAGCACAAUGGCUGUGGUCCUGGCAAGCGCGUUGGCAUUAUUGGCGUUGGAGGUCUGGGUCACUUUGGCUUGCUGUUUGCUAAGGCUAUGGGGGCUGAUCGGGUUGUUGCUAUCUCGCGGAAGAUGGCUAAGAAGGAGGAUUCGUUGAAGAUGGGGGCGGAUCUUUAUAUUGCGACAGAUGAUGAGACUGACUGGGCCACCGUUCAUACUCGGUCUUUGGAUUUGAUUGUUUCCACUGUCUCGUCUACUAAGAUGCCUUUUAAUGACUACCUGGGUCUUUUGAAGACCGGUGGAUCUUUUGUGCAGGUGGGUCUCCCUGAGGAUGGUGGACUGUUUGCUCCUGUUCGGAGCUUGAUGCGUCGCAUAAAUCUCUCCAGCUCCCUUGUUGGUAGCCCCAGUGAGAUCCGGGAGAUGUUUGAGCUUGUUGCUGAAAAGGGAAUCCGCCCUUGGGUGGAGGAAAUCCCGAUGAAGGAUGCGAACAAGGCGAUUGUGGAUAUGGAGGAUGGAAAGGCCCGCUACAGAUAUGUGCUGGUCAACGAGUAG